AUGACGGAAGUACUAGUACGUAGUAGUGGUGCAGACACUGGUGGUGCAAGCACUGGUGAAGACUUCCCUACUACUACAUAUACAAAUUACAAUACUGGUGAUGAAGGAGAUGGAGGCUCUGACAAAUUUAGCAUUUGGGAACUUACAGAUCUUUUUAUAGUAAUCGGCUUCCCCGUCUUACGUGUACAACUUCUACGGAUAGUAGUCGGGCUUCAACGCCAUGCCCCCUAUUUGGAUCUCGAAUCUGGUAAUAUGCCUCCUUUAUAUGGAACUCAGCCCCCCGCACCUGAGCCUGUCCAUUUGUACGGGAAAAAGCAUGAAGCAACGACUGAAUCGUUUAAAGCAGGGAAUCAGGAAGUCAUAAGUGGUCGAGGUGGUGCGUCGACAUAUCAAAUUGUUCCCGAGUCAUCGGUUUCCGAGCGUCAGUUGGCGGUCGUCUCAGAUAACGGACGUAUUGUGCAGUUUAAUGAGUCAAUAGGCACUAUGGUAUUACAAGUUCUCGCGUGUGUUACAUGCUAUCAGCAAACUCCGGCGUCAUCCGGAACCGGGGAAAAAGAUCCUUUGCCCCUGUUAGUGGACGAUCUGACGCCUGACGAAUCAAAUGAAUUGCAUUACUUUGAGAUUACUGUUCUGUCAAACCCAAAGCCUGAAGACACUACAAUAGCAAUAGGUCUCGCCACAAAGCCUUAUCCACCAUUUAGGCUUCCGGGUUGGAACCUUUACUCAGUUGGGUACCACUCUGAUGACGGCCGUAAAUUCAACGAUGCGUAUGGAGGUCGCGACUAUGGUCCUGAGUGGGGUGAAGUUGGAGACACUGUCGGAUGCGGAUAUUAUCCAAACACCGGAUUUGUAUUUUUUACUAAAAACGGGGAGAAUAUUGGUACCGCAUUUACUGGUAUGCGAUAUCUUUGGUAUCCUACGGUCGGGGCGCAUGGCCAUGUAAAGAUAAAUUUUGGAGAUGAUGGGCCAUUUAAAUAUUGUGAAGCGAGAGGGUUUGUUCCGUCGGGGAGGGAACGUAGCAGCGAGGAUAUGAAAGAAUGUUGGUUGUAA